GGCCUGGGGCCCCGGGGCGGGGUGGGGGCCCUGAGCUAGUGUGAGGCGGUCGGCUAGUCAGUCAAUGCCUCCUCUCCCGACUCCCCCUCUCCCUGUCCCCUUCCACACCCCGUCCCCUCCUCUCCCCGUCCCGCUAUAAGGGCAGCGCCGAGGGAUGCUGAGGUUAUACAGCGAGCUCGGGCGGCAGUUUGGCGGCGUGGGCAGCGCGCUGGUUCACAUGGCGAGGAGACCCGAGCUCCUGUGCGGAGCCCUGGCCGCCAUCUGCACCGUGAUCACCCUGCGCUUCGCCCUGAGUCGGGCAAAAGAUGUGGUCAAAAUGGCUCCACCUCCUGUUCGUUUUUUCUCCCGCAACUCUUCUGUGAUUGACCUGUACAUGGGACAACUAGACCAGGUGGAGAGACAUUGCCACAUAUCUGAAGUAUCUGUUAUCCUGUUCUAUGCCCCAUGGUGCGGAGAGUCAAUUUCUGUCAGGGAAGAAAUUGAUCAGGUUGCCGAGAAGCUUCAAGAACAGGUGCUGUUCCUAGCGGUGAACUGCUGGUGGCACCAAGGGAAGUGCAGGAAGCAGAUGAAUCUCUUUUAUUAUCCUGUGAUUCAUUUAUACCAGAGGAGAUUUGGCCCUAUUGAGUAUAGGGGACCUCUUACAGCUGCUUAUAUUCAUAAGUUCAUUCAACGAGUAAUGACUCCACUUCAAUAUGUAUCUACGCAUUCAGUUUUGCUGGACUUUCUUUCGCACUAUGAGCCAGGGGUUCUUGGAUAUUUUGAGUUCAACAGCUCGCCACAGCCACCUGGUUACCUGACGCUCUAUAUCUCUGCAUUACAUGCACUAAAAAGAGAUCAUCAAGGAACAAUUCGCUUUGGUGUGAUAACUAGCAAGCAGGUGGCUGAAGAGAUAUCCGUAACUGAUCCUGGAACAAUUUAUAUGCAUAGACAUUUCAACUCUUCCUUGGUCUUUCCACAUGAAGUCAUAAACUUCACUGCAGUGAAUGUCUACAGUUGGGCUUAUGAGAACAGGGAGACCUUUAUACAUUGGUUGCGACCGCACGGAAGCAAGAGUCUGCUCCUAAACAAUGAGCUGAAGAAAGGCCCGGCUUUGUUACUAUUUUUCCCCUUCAGUCCGUUAGCUGAGAAACAGCCACUGAUGGAGGAGAUAACCGAAGUUAUUCUUCAAUAUCGCAACUGUAACAACAGCAAGACCAUUCAACGUGUACUGCAAUACUUGGAAGAAAACGAGCAAAAAAAUCGUGACGUCCAGUCAACAAGACCUUUGUUCCGGACUAGAAAGCCUUGUUGUAACACAGUAAUACUUUCCCAGUUGCAUUCUAUAGCUCAAACUCACAACAUCUGUGAGCUCUGUAUUAAUCAGACUAUUGGAAUUCAACCGAGUGUGGUCCACAUCGCAAGAUGCAGCUUCGUUGAGAUGGAGACGGCUCUAGAUUCAUUCUACCUCAGAGAACAGUCAUUUUUCCAAUUGCAAUCCAGGACUGUGGAAUGCAGUGAUUUCUUGAGCUAUUACAGCCCAUUCAAUUACUACACAGCUUGCUGCAGGACAUUCAGCAGUCCAAUUAAGUCUGAACAAAUUAAUGUCAUUGCCUCUUUAGAACUGUUUUCUAAUGCAGAUCACCAGCAGGGAAUGUUUUCCGAUAAUUCAUUUCCUCACAUUGAGGACACAGCAACAAGAUUUCUUGAUUUAAAUCAUGGUCACGUUAAUAUUACAGGACUGAGCUGUAAUACUAAUAAAACUCUAAACUUUUACUUACUGGAUUCAAACUUGCACUGGAGAUUUGCAACGAGAUUGGGAGCCAGUGAAUGUGCCCAAGUGCAAGAAUUUGCUACCAUUGUUGAUCUAUGGGAUGAAGUUCAUUAUGUCUUUGACCACGAGCAAGUCCUUGAUAAGUCUUCUAUUGAAAGCAUUAUAAAAAAUUACAGUAGAGUAUACAGUCCAUUAAAUCGGCAUCUUAUUGUUGGAACCAAGUCUAAAGCUCAGGAAGAAUAUUUAAUUGCUGAAGCAACAACCCACACAUUUGACAGCAUCGUGCUGGAUGGCGAAAAGAAUGUCUUGCUACUCUACUACACUCAGUGGUGUGGAUUUUGCACUGUUCUCAAUCAUAUCUUCAUUCAGGUUGCCCGUCUCUUUCAUGCUGAUGAUGGAAUCUUAAUAGCCAGAAUCAAUGUUGCCAAAAAUGACCUACCUUGGGAAUAUAUGGUCGAUCGAUUUCCAACUAUCCUGUUUUUCCCAAGAAACAGGAAAGACUUGAGUGUGAAGUACCCUGAGGAUCUGCCAUUAACUGUCCCUAACCUGGUGAGAUUUAUUCUGUGGCAUACUCCCCAGUUAGUUCAGCAGAACCCGUUCAAGUGCUGUAACCCGGAGUGUAUCCAAAAAGCAGCAGAGCUGCAGAAAGACCGCAUCAGCCAGCUGGAGAGCGAGAUAAAGAGACUCCACGCAGAGAUGCAGAUGCUGCAUCAGGCCGAGAAACAGCUGAUUUACCAACUCUCUGUAUCCAGGCAGGAGGAACACCAACUCAAGUUCCAUAACAGAGCUCUGCAGGAGAAAAACGAGAACCUCAAACACCACAAUGAGAAACUGAAAGAUCUGUACCAGCAGAGGAACAUAGAGCUGGCUGAAAUGGCAGCCAAACUCAGUGAGAUUGCAACGGUAUCAAAACAACUGCUCAAUGAAAAUAUCUUGCUAAAAACAUAUAUGUCUUCAAUUGAAGAAGAACUGGAGAUAAAUAAAUACACUUCAACGUCACUUCCCAUUGAAGAAUCAGAGUUACCUACCACCCAUUCAGAAAACGCAGAGGUUCAAUCCCCAAACUAGCUGGACGAAUGUUUGGGAUGAGAGCUGAUCGUGAAAAUACAGACAUUUGAGCCAUAUUGCUAAUGUUUUUAAAUUGUAUGUGGGCCAUGAUUGAAAGGGGGGGCUAGGAGAAAGAAGCGUGCAUUAAGUUUGAUCAAAUUAGUAACUUUCUUCUUUCUACUGGGUGUUGUUUUCCACCAAAACUGGUUACCAGGUUCUAUAUUAAUAUUUUUUUGCAGAUAAAAGUACUGGUAAAAGGGGAAAAUUCUUUAUUUGUUUACAAUUGAAUAUUGCACUAAUGAAUCGUGGUUACAAUGUACAUAGAGUAAAUUUAUUUCUGUAAAAACAAUUACAGGAAAAAAAAAAUUAUGGUAGAGUACCAAAAUCAAGUUUUUAAAUUAAACCAUUUAAGUACUACAAA